CAAGUCCGAGUCAGGACACUAUUGGUGGUACAUGUGUGACGCCAUCUACACCUCCUGGUUUUGUGGUGAAUGCUUGGAUGGAUGAGAGGCGAGCUGGACGAGAUUAUUUUCUAGACUAUCUCGAACUCUGCUAGGAUUUGUUUGGGUCUGGAGUCUCAAGAACCGGGAGCGCGAGCCCUCACUUCAAAGGAGCGGUGGGGCAGUAGCUUCAGCAGCGGGCGCGACUCUCGGAGUCCGGGAAGGAGCGCGGAAAGCUCAGCGACGGACCAACCGCUGUUUGUCGUUAUCUUACUUUUCUUUUUUGGCGACGACUGAGCAAAAGAAACUGAGGACAUCCGUCUCGGUGGAUAUCUGAUAUGGCUGGUUCAAGCACGCUCGAUGUGUUUGUGGGAAUUGUUCUAGUUUUACAUUCUUUGGAAAGUGUUUUCCAGAUCACCAGAGGAGAACUAACGGCGGAAGGAGCUGCUUAUUCAGUUCUUCGGGGAUGGUCACAGGAUGGUGAUGUCUCUGUGGAGCUCUUGAGGAGGAGACGCUGGCUUCUCCAGGAGCCCCUCCCAAUGGAAAGUAACAAAGCCAGUCAAGACAGUUUGAAGCCUGAGUCUCAGGAUUCACCUGGUAUACUGACUGAUGACGACACAGACAGCAGCUCCCAAAUAAUGGAGGACACUGAUCAUAACUACUACACCUCAAAGACUUAUGGCCCCAGUGACCCUAUGAGCAAAAAUUUAUGGGUAAAUAUCGAUCUGAUGCACAAGGAGAAUGUGAAGAUUCAUGGCAUCCUCUCCAAUACACACCGUCAAGCAGCGCGGGUCAAUCUCUCCUUUGAUUUUCCAUUUUAUGGGUAUUUGUUGCGAGAGAUCACUGUUGCAACUGGUGGGUUCAUCUACACAGGUGAUGUGGUUCACCGAAUGUUGACAGCCACACAAUAUAUCGCUCCACUUAUGGCAAACUUUGACCCCAGCCUCUCCAGAAAUUCAACUGUCAUCUAUUUUGACAAUGGAACUGCUUUGGUUGUCCAGUGGGAUCAUGUCCAUCUCCAGGAUUCUUUUAAUCAAGGAAGUUUCACCUUCCAGGCUACAUUACACAGUGAUGGGCGAAUUGUCUUUGCUUACAAAGAGGUCCCAGUGCAGAUUGCAAAAAUCAGCUCUGUCAAUCAUCCAGUGAAGGUUGGACUGUCUGAUGCCUUUGUGGUGGUUCAUAAGAUUCAGCAGAUCCCCAAUGUGCGGAGAAAAACUAUCUAUGAGUAUCACCGAGUGGAGCUGUUAAAGACCAAAAUUACUAGCAGUACAGCUGUUGAAAUAAUACCACUACCCACAUGUCUUCAAUUCACAAGCUGCACUUCUUGCAUAGCGUCUCAAAUUAACUUCAACUGCAGCUGGUGUCACCGGCUCAAUAGAUGCUCCAGUGGCUUUGAUCGCCAUCGGCAGGACUGGGUAGAUAACAGUUGCCCAGAUGAGACUAAGGACAACACCUGUGACAUCAUCAGCACUACUGAUCUCAGUCUGUUGACCACUGUAUCAGUUGCUAAGAAGACCACAAGGAACAAAGGAACUACUGAGGGUCAAUCUACCCAAACUCCAUCACAUGUGCCUACCAGCAUCCCAACAGAAGACGACACCAAGAUUGCGCUACAUCUCAAAGACAACGGAGCUGCGGCAGCGAAAAGUACAGCGGAGAACAGCACUCACCCCCUGCACAUGGGGCUGAUCCUUGGGAUGCUCCUGCUUCUGCUGGUGAUGGUGGCCAUCGUCCUGCUGACCGUCUACAUCUACCACCACCCGAGCUCUGCCGCGGGACUCUUCUUCAUUGAGAGACGUCCAAGCCGAUGGCCAGCGAUGAAAUUUCUCAGAGGUUCUGGUCAUCCAGCAUAUGUGGAUGUGGAGCCUGUGGGUCAAGAGAAAGAAGGCUUUAUUGAAUCAGUGCAGUGCUGAGAUUUGACCUCUGACUUCUUAAGUCACACACAGCCCACAACCUUCCUGAUGUCUGUCUACAAAUUUACACUAUCUCUUAGCAUAAAGUUUCUCCAACCCUCCAAAACACUGAUGAAACUGGAAACAGUGAGGGUGUGGUGACUGAACAGAAGAGGCAUCCAGAAACAAAUGCUUGGGUCUAGCUUUUAACACUCAAAGCAAAACAAUCCACAUUCAGAGGAGACGUCUGGUAAUCAGCUGGAAGGACAGCGGCCCAGCAGCUUCUGACUUGGGGAGCAGCUUUUGUUUGUUGAUUGUACAGGAUGGGGUUUUGACCUUUCACCCUCAAAAUCAUCUUUGAACUGAAUGCAGGUAAACUUGAGUCUCUGAUUUGAUGUGCCUCUGAGAAUUUUUCUUUUUUCUUUUUGUCUUUACAGUCUCUGAAAUGCACAUUCAUACAGUAUAUGUUUUGGAAAUCAUAUACAGACCUUUAUAUUAAACUUCAGAAGGGUUUUGUAGUGUUUUUAUCUUUUUUCCUUUUCCUUUGUGACUUCAUCUCUUUGAUUUGAACGGAUAUUUUGGAGUAGGUGGAUGACUUUAGUUGCAGACACUGUGUCUCCUCUUCUUGUUUGGAUACAAUUGGAAAAUGUUCUGUGAACAAAUGUGUCAACGGUAUAGAUUUAUAUGUUUUUCAUCCAACCAUAUUUCAACUAUUUAGGACAUUUUUGCACAUGUCCACUUAAGGCACAUAUAAUGCUUCCUUCCAAGUCAUUUUUUUUUUCUCCUCUUAUGUUAAUAAUGCAUAUUUACAAGACAGGUGCUUGUGAGAUUGCUUGUGUGUGUCUUUGUUUAGAUUUUUUUGUUGUUUUGUUGUAAUAUUGUGGUACACAAUGAUCCCAUAAACAUGCUUUUGUUGAAAUCAAGCAUUGGUACUGAUUUCAACUUGAAAGACAAGACAGGUGUUGUCUACUGACAGCUGUCAGUCCUUCACCAGACAGGGACAUUUGUAUGUUUUAUAAUAUUUGAUGUAGUGAAAUAAGAGCUCUUCUACUACUGUCAAGGUCAUUUCAGCUUGAUAGAUUACAAGCAGUAUUUAACACAGCCUAUUACAACCUUAUAUGAUAAACAUCCAAUUUGCUCUAAAUAAUGUUUUCCAUCGUGUUCAAUAAUAAUGGAUUUUGAGUCUGAAGGUUUACAAUCGUAAAACCAGUCCGAAUUUCCUUAAUAGUGUACAAUCAGUUAAAAUGGACUCUGUGGUAGAUAUUUUUGUCUUCUGUUUGAUUAUUUCAGUAAACCUAUGCACUGGGACAGUUUCUGAGAUUUUCUUUUCUUUUCUUUCUUAUUUUAUGUUAGGUGUUUAAGCAUGCACGCAAGGGAGAUACAUUUGUUUCCUCAUAAAAGGGUGUCUCACCAAAAAUCAAGGUCUAAAUUCUAUUUUUAUUAACUUUCACAGAGAGACCUGAUUAUUUUCUGCAGAUGUAACCUGAAUUUGUAUGUAUGUGUUACAUUGAAUCUUUCUGAAUGUGUAUGAGUGCACACUAAUGUAAGGUCGAAGGGGAUGUUUAUUUUGUGAAACAAUCUGAAACAGUGUUUGGUGAAAGAGAUCUGUUUUCUGUUCAGCAGUGAUGCCUGCUCUCAAAAUCCGUGGAAACAAACCUAUCUGUAACCUGAAUUUUUGAUAAUCAUAAUCUUCAUGUUGUGCCACACAUUGAGAGACAGUGAAAUACACAAUGCUGUAAUCUGUGUACUCUUGUGUUACUACUGUCAAUUUGAUUACAUUAUACAAUUUGAUUAAACAAUAAAGUUGUUUAAACAGACAGUUUUCCUUCCAUG